CGCGCCGCUUCCGGGGGCGUGUCCUCGGGCCCAAAGCGAAGCCGGCACUUCCGGCGGCGCGAGCGGGUGGCGCCCAUGGCGGGCUCCUGGAAGCUGCUGGCGUGGGCUUCCCUUCAGCGUCAGAGCCUCCACACUGCUGGGCGUCACUGCAAGGCUAGGAGCGGCGCCGAGCACCUGUGGCUGGCGCGGCACUUGAGGGACCCGUUUGUGAAGGCUGCCAAGGUGGAGAGUUACCGGUGUCGAAGCGCCUUCAAGCUUUUGGAGGUGGAUGAGCGGCACCAGAUCCUGCGGCCUGGCCUCCGGGUGUUGGACUGUGGAGCGGCUCCCGGUGCGUGGAGCCAGGUAGCGGUGCAGAAAGUCAACGCCGCAGGCACAGAGGCCAGCGCUCCUGUUGGCUUUGUGCUUGGGGUAGAUCUUCUUCACAUAUCACCCCUGGAAGGAGCAACGUUUUUGUGCCCUGCUAAUGUGACUGACCCGGGAACCUUCCAGAGAAUCCAAGAACUGCUUCCUGGUGGGAGAGCAGAUGUGAUUCUGAGUGACAUGGCACCCAAUGCCACAGGGAUCCGGGGCCUUGAUCACGACAGGAUCAUUGGCCUGUGCUUGUCCCUCCUGGACAUGGUCCCAGACAUCCUGCUCCCUGGGGGAACACUCCUUUGUAAAACCUGGGCUGGAAGUCAGAGCCAUCGCUUACAGAGGAGACUGACAGAGGAAUUCCAGAACACGAGGACUGUGAAACCAGAGGCCAGCAGGAAAGAAUCAUCAGAGGUAUACCUCUUGGCCACACAAUACCGGAGAGCAAAGGGGUCUGUGAAGAACUGAGGUUUCUUCUGCCAUUUCUGGUCCUUUUCGCUGCAUAUGUAGGCUGUGCGCUUUCCUGAAAUGUGGCAAAUGUGGGGUGGGGCGAGGUCCGAGCUAGAUCUGGGAUGCAGCAGGCAGGAUAAGUGGGGGACCUUUUGGAAAACAAAAACAUAGGACAGACUAUAUUCAGUGGCCAUGACAGACGAUAAAAAACAGACUGAGGGAAGGAUAAAAAUGAUUGUGCUGAGGCAGAGCUGAAGAUAGACAUGAACACCUUCACGUUACUUGCUCAUCUUACAGACUUAGCUAAUUACAGAGAAGCAGGUUUCCACCAUUGCUCUGAGAGCACAACACAGGUUUCCAGUUGUUGUUUGGCUAUACAGUAUUAUGCGGAAAAACCUGAAAUUUCAAUCUGGGGAUUAAUUUCCAUCUCUCUAGUGAAUGAUCUGGAAACACAUCAGUUUGUUAAGCAGCAAGAAUUCCCAGAGCAAUUAGGGCAGACAUUCGGUAUGAAUUUAUGCGUGGGGCGGGUGCGCUUUCAUUUUUGCUGGAAAUACACGUUGCUGUACUACUCCAGGCUCCCUAGACAGUAAAAGUAAUUGCCAAAGCAAGCAGCGAUGUGGUGUUG